AUGGCGGGCUCACCAUUUACCUCUCGGUCGCCCUCGAUGACAGUGGCUUCACCAAAUUCUUUGAGGCUAAGGGCAGCUGCAGCUCAGAAUGGUCUUGGUGCAGCAACUCAGGCGACGUCCUCGACACCCAUAUUGAACUCCGGUCAAGAACUUACGGAGCAGCUCAAUGCUGACGUCCGACAAAGAUACGUGAAAGAUAAAAAGCUUGGUGAAGGUACAUAUGCUGUGGUAUACCUGGGACAUCUACGCGAGGACCCAUCAUCCUUCGUUGCUAUCAAAAAGAUCAAGGUCAAUGCGGAAUACAAAGAUGGAUUGACUAUGGACGCGAUUCGAGAAGUAAAAUAUCUUCAAGAAUUAUCACAUCCCAAUGUCAUUGCCCUGCAUGAUGUGUUCUCUUCCAAGGAUCAGAACUUGAACCUGGUGUUGGAGUUUCUUCCUCGCGGUGACUUGGAGAUGCUGAUCAAGGACGGCGAUAUUCAAUAUGGUGCAGCGGAUAUUAAGGCUUGGAUGGGAAUGCUCAUUCGAGGAGUAUGGUUUUGCCAUGAGAACUUCGUGCUGCACCGAGAUAUUAAGCCCAACAACUUGUUGAUUGCCUCGGAUGGAGAGGUCAAACUGGCAGAUUUUGGUCUGGCCCGAUCCUUCGCAGAUCCAUAUCUCAACAUGACCCACCAAGUGAUCACUCGCUGGUAUCGCCCACCAGAGUUGCUUUACGGAGCCCGACAGUAUUCCGGAGCUGUGGAUGUGUGGUCCAUGGGCAUGGUGUUUGCGGAGUUACUUCUCCGAGUACCAUUUGUAGCUGGCAACACCGAUCUUGAUCAGAUUUCCAAAAUCAAUGACGCGUUUGGUACCCCAGCGGAAGAAAACUGGCCGGGGGUUACACAAUUACCCAAUUACAUCCCUACUGAUCCAGCACACCAGGUACCCUUACAGGGUCGGGAUUUCUUCCUUCGCCAGUUCCCUACCGCGGGUCCGGUGGGUGCUGAUCUGUUGAUGUCGAUGUGUGCUCUUGAUCCCCGGAAACGAACUACAGCGUAUCAAGCCCUCUGUCAUAAUUGGUGGACGAUGGAUCCCCAGCCAACUCGGAAUGAAGAUCUACCCCGUAAGAUGGGGACCAAAAAGAUGGGAGAUGAUUUGAGUCGACGUGGCGGUGAUGAUGAUGGGCCUUUCAAGAAUGCGGCUCGGCAAUUAGAUUUCGGGGCUAUGAAAUAA